AUGCCACCAAAGGAAGCCGUUAAGAAAUGGAAAGCCCCAAAGGGCCCCAAGCCAAUCCAUCGUAAGAAUAAGAAUACUAUCGGAUUAGGGAGAGCUAUUCAAUCUGCUCGUCAAAAAGAAAAUUCCAUCGAAUAUUUGCCUGAUGGUGAAAUGAGAUUCACUACAGACAAACAUGAAGCUAGUUGGGUCAAGUUAAGAUCUGUCACUCAGGAGACUGCGUUGGAUGAAUUUUUAAGUACUGCUGAAUUGGCUGACAAAGAUUUCACUGCCGAUAGACAUUCUAACGUUAAGAUUAUUCGUUUAGAUAGUGGUGUUGAGAAUGCUUCCUCACAAGGGUUUGGUUUAACUAACGAACAAAGAGGAAAAUUGGAUGCUAAACAAAGAGCUCAUGCUCGUGAAUUGAUUGUUCCAAGAAGACCUGCUUGGGACUCUACAACCACUAAAUAUCAAUUAGAGAGACAAGAAAAUGAUGCGUUUUUGGAAUGGAGAAGAAAAUUAGCUUUCUUACAAGAAACUAAUGACGAUUUGUUAUUGACACCCUUCGAAAGAAAUAUUGAAGUUUGGAAACAAUUAUGGAGAGUCGUUGAAAGAUCUGAUCUAGUUGUUCAAAUUGUAGAUGCAAGAAACCCAUUAUUAUUUAGAUCUGUCGAUUUAGAAAAUUAUGUUAAAGAACUUGAUGAAAGAAAACAAAAUUUGUUAUUGGUGAACAAAGCAGAUCUAUUGACUACAAAACAAAGAAUUGCAUGGGCCGAAUAUUUUAUUAAACAAGGUAUUUCUUUCACAUUUUAUUCUGCAUUAAGAGCUAAUCAACUGUUAGAAAAGCAAAACGAAUUAGGUGAUGAUUAUCUUUCAGAGGAGGAAGAGGAAGAAGAAGAAGAGAUCGAUGAAUCAAUCGAUCCUGAAAUUCAAGAAAAGAUCAAAAUCUUGAGUAUAGAUCAAUUGGAAGAAUUGUUUUUAACUAAAGCUCCACAAGAACCAUUGACCAAGCCAUUGCCUGGCCGUCCUUCCCUAUUACAAAUUGGUUUAGUUGGUUACCCAAAUGUUGGUAAAUCUUCAACUAUUAACUCCUUAGUUGGUGCAAAGAAGGUUUCUGUCUCAUCUACUCCUGGUAAGACUAAACAUUUCCAAACUAUUAGGCUCUCAGAUUCGGUAGAAUUAUGCGAUUGUCCAGGUUUAGUGUUCCCAAAUUUCGCUUACAAUAAUGGUGAAUUGGUCUGUAAUGGUGUCUUACCAAUUGAUCAACUUCGUGAUUUCAUCAGUCCCUCAAAUCUAGUUGCUCAAAGAGUUCCUAAAUAUUUCCUAGAGGCCGUAUAUGGUAUUCAUAUUCAAACAAAGAGUGUCGAUGAAGGUGGUAAUGGUAUAGUUCCAACUGGUCAAGAAUUAUUGAUUGCAUACGGUAGAGCUCGUGGUUAUAUGACUCAAGGUUUUGGUUCUGCAGAUGAAGCUCGUUCAAGUCGUUACAUUCUAAAGGAUUACGUGAAUGGUAAAUUGUUGUACAUCAACCCACCACCACAUUUGGAAGACGACACUCCUUACACUACUGAAGAAUCCCAAGAAUUUAACAAAGACCUUUAUGUGUUUGAACGUUUACCAGAGACAAGAAAAGAACAAAUCGCAGAAGCUGCCAAGUCUAAAGGUAUCGAAGUUGUUGAUUUAUCCCGUGAUUUAAAGAACCUAACAUUCUCUGCACACACUGGUGGUGAUGACAAGACUGAAGCUAAAGCUGUAACACACGGUGGUAAGCAAGCAGCUCUGUACAACGCUGCCACUGAUCUAGAUAAAGAAUUCUUCAAGAUGGAUGGUGUAGAGGGCCAAUUGACAAAUCCAUUCCAUAAGAAUGGUAAUCAAGGUAACGGUUCAAAGAAGCAUAACAAGAAAAACAAGAAAGGAAAAAAAAGAGCUCUGAUGAUGGCUGAUUAA